AUCAGGCUUGAGGGGUGUGGCCUGCUCUGCUCUGUCAGUUGAUGAGACCUCUCGAAGGUAACACAACUAAAUCCUGAUAAUGGCUAAUGUGACCAAGAAAUUCAGGUCCAGAGCAGAUCUUUCUGCUUUUUCGAUGAAUACUCAAGCAGUGGCUAAUCCUGUCACACCGAUAAAGACCAAGGCGGCCUACAAACUUUAUCCUCCAAGCAUUCUUAAUGGACCGGGCCUAAAGAACAACAAAUGUAGGAAACGUGCCCUGAAAAGGAGUUCCACCAAGAAGGAUGCUGAAGAAUUAACUCCACCCGUGAAAAAGAAAGGCAAGGAUUCACCACCAAUGGAGGAGACACAGCCUCUGAUGGAGCAACCCACAACGCCUGCUGAGGAUCAACCCGCUACCUGUGAAGCAAGCACCAUGACUGAUCCUGAAGAAGUAAUUCCACCAGAGCAAAAGAAAGGUAAAGAUUCACCACCGAUGGAGGAGACACGGUCUCUGGUAGACCAACUGGCAAAGCCUGCUGAAGAUCAACCCACUACCUGUGAAGCAAGCACCAUGACUGAUCCCGAAGAAGUAACUCCACCAGUGCAAAAGAAAGGCGAAGAUUCACCACUGAUGGAGGAGACACGGUCUCUGGUGGACCAACCUGCAAAGCCUGCCGAGGAUCGACCCACUACCUGUGAAGCAAGCACCAUGACUGAUGCGGAAGAAGUAACUCCACCCUUGCUGAAGAAAGGCAAAAAUUUACCACCAGUGGAGGAGCCACGGCCUCUAUUUAAACAACCUGCAAAGCCUGCUGAAGGACCCACUAAUUCUGAAGCAAGCACCAUGAUGGAUGCGGAAGAAGUAACUCCACCCAUGACAAAGAAUGGCGAAGAUUCACCAUUGAUGGAGGAGCCACAGCCUCUGUUGGAACAACCUGCAAUGCCUGUUGAGGAUCAACCCAGUACCUCAGAAGCAAGCUCCUCUACUGAUGCUGAAGCAGUAACUCCACCUUUUAAGAAGAAAUGCAAUGAUUCACCAUUGAUAGAGCAGCGACAGCCUCUGGUGGAACAACCUGCAAACCCUGAUGAAGAUCAACCCGCAAAGCCUGCUAAGGAUCAACCCAGCCCCUCUGAGGCAAGCUCCAUGAGUCUCAAGGUAGAUAGCCAAUAGAUGGAUAUCUCGAAGACAGGAAAUUCCCAUUCCUAUAAACAAUAAAAUUCAAAAUUAUAUUUUUAAAAAUAAAUGCAUUCCAAUUUGAAAA